AUGCUGGCUGUGUCGCUCAAGUGGCGGCUGGGUGUGGCGCUGGGCCUAGAGGAUGUCUUACCUGGUGUGGAGAUGCUAGUGAUGUGUGGGCUGUGGCUUGGGCAGGAACAGUUUGUCCUCUCUGGUCGGGGGAACUCCCAAGGAGGGUUCAGAAGAUAUGAUGCAGGCUCAGCCACGGCCCCUGAGUCCAUGCAGGGGGGUCCUGGGACGAGGGGUCCAGCGGGCCGAGCUGGAGCUGGAGGAGUCACCGGGAAGCAGGCUCCAACUCAGGAUAAGGGUCGGGGGGAGUCUCACGACUGUUUAGGAAUAGAGUGGGCGCUCACGGGACCUGACUCCGACGGUCCUGAGCCUCGCCGCAUCCUAGCUGGCACCUUGGCCAACUACCUUUCCAUCUCUGGGACUCUGAACACGGGAGCAACCAUCCCCAUUGACAGUGCUCUUGAACCAUCCCACAAGACACUGCUCAUAAAGAACUGGGAACCCAGUAGGCACUCAAUCAACGCCGGCCUCUCCGCUUUCUCUGGGGAAUUUGCUUUUGGCCAGAGGCUGCCUGAGUCCCCCUUCACCAUUGACCUUGCCUGUAUCCUCCGCUCCCUGUUGAUAUGGAUCCUGCAGCCUGGAAGUGGCCCACUGGCUCAGGCUGCGGGGGUGGGGGUGUUGGACCCCAUCCUGGAGCCAGCCACCAGGACAGCUGUGUCCCCUUUAAGGGAGGAGCCACCCGCUGCAGUGGAUGGACUUCAUGCCCAGCCACAAGGGGAGCGUCUCUACAGAGCUUUCCCGCAGCAGAGGGAGCGGGCAGGUCUGGAGGCUCUGAGGGCAGCGCCCAGCCCUGCAGGGCGCCUCAGGAGUCAGGUCCCAGCUCCGUAUGAUGGGCCUUACUCCAAAGGAGGCAAGGACGCAGGAGGUGCCGACAUGGCCCUGGUGUGCCGCAGACAGAGCAUUCCAGAGGAGUUCCGAGGGAUCACCAUGGUGGAGCUGAUCAAGAAAGAAGGCAGCACACUGGGCCUGACCAUCUCAGGGGGCACUGACAAGGAUGGGAAGCCCAGGGUCUCCAACCUGAGACCUGGAGGGCUCGCAGCCAGGAGUGAUCUGCUGAACGUGGGUGACUACAUUCUGUCAGUGAACGGGAUCCACUUGACAAGGCUCCGCCAUGAUGAGAUCAUCACCCUGCUCAAGAACGUGGGCGAGCGCGUGGUGCUGGAGGUGGAGUAUGAGCUGCCCCCGCCUGCCUCCGAGAACAACCCAGGGAUCAUUUCAAAGACAGUGGACGUCUCCCUCUACAAGGAGGGCAAUAGCUUUGGCUUUGUCCUCAGAGGAGGGGCCCAUGAAGAGGGACACAAGUCCCGCCCGCUUGUCCUGACCUAUGUGCGGCCGGGUGGCCCAGCUGACAGGGAGGGUUCCUUGAAGGCAGGUGACCGGCUGCUCAGCAUCGACGGUGUCCCUCUGCAUGGGGCCAGCCAUGCUGCUGCCCUGGCCACCCUCCGGCAGUGCAGCCACGAGGCCCUCUUCCAGGUGGAGUAUGACGUGGCCACCCCUGACACAGUGGCCAAUGCCUCAGGGCCCUUGAUGGUGGAGAUCUCCAAGACGCCGGGCUCCACCCUGGGCAUCUCGCUCACCACAUGCUCCCACCGCAACAAGCCGGUCAUCACCAUCGACCGCAUCAAGCCAGCCAGCGUGGUGGACAGGAGUGGGGCACUGCAUGCUGGAGACCACAUCCUGUCCAUUGACGGCACCAGCACGGAGCACUGCUCGUUGCUCGAGGCCACCAAACUCCUGGCCAGCGUCUCAGAGAAAGUGUGCCUGGAGAUCCUGCCUGCACCCCAAAGUCGGCGGCCCCUGAAGCCCUCAGAGGCAGUGAAGAUGCAGAGGAGCGAGCAGUCACAUCGCUGGGAUCCCUGCUUGCCUGCCUGCCACAGCCCCCGGCCCCCCGGCCACUGCAGGACGCCCACCUGGGCCACGCCGGCCGGCCAGGACCAGAGCCGAUCCCUGUCCUCGACUCCCUUUUCCUCGCCGACCAUGAACCACGCCUUCCCCUGCGCCAACCCCAGCACUCUUCCUCGUGGAGCCCAGCCCAUGAGCCCCCGGACCACAAUGGGGCGGAGGAGGCAGCGAAGAAGGGAGCAUAAAAGCUCACUGUCGCUGGCCUCCAGCACGGUGGGACCAGGUGGGCAGAUUGUGCACACAGAGACCACCGAGGUUGUGCUCUGUGGAGAUCCCCUCAGCGGCUUCGGCCUCCAGCUCCAGGGUGGCAUUUUUGCCACUGAGACCCUGUCUUCCCCGCCCCUCGUGCGCUUCAUCGAGCCUGACAGCCCGGCCGAGAGGUGUGGGCUGCUGCAGGUGGGGGACCGGGUCCUCUCCAUCAACGGCAUCGCCACCGAGGAUGGGACAAUGGAGGAAGCCAACCAGCUGCUGCGGGACGCUGCUCUGGCCCACAAGGUCGUGCUGGAAAUCGAGUUCGAUGUGGCUGAGUCUGUCAUCCCGAGCAGCGGCACCUUCCAUGUGAAACUACCCAAGAGACGUGGUGUGGAGCUGGGCAUCACCAUCAGCUCGGCCAGCAGGAAGCGAGGGGAGCCCCUGAUCAUCUCUGACAUCAAGAAAGGCAGUGUGGCACACAGGACUGGCACCCUCGAACCAGGCGACAAGCUGCUGGCCAUCGACAACAUCCGCCUGGAUAACUGCCCCAUGGAGGACGCCGUGCAGAUCCUGCGGCAGUGCGAGGACCUGGUGAAGCUGAAGAUCCGGAAGGAUGAGGACAACUCUGACGAACAGGAGACUACGGGCGCCAUCAGCUACACAGUGGAGCUGAAACGCUAUGGUGGCCCCCUGGGCAUCACCAUCUCGGGCACCGAGGAGCCUUUUGACCCCAUCAUCAUCUCAGGCCUCACUAAGCGUGGCCUGGCUGAGAGGACUGGUGCCAUCCAUGUUGGGGACCGUAUCCUGGCCAUCAACAGCAUUAGCCUCAAGGGCAGGCCACUGAGUGAGGCCAUCCACCUCCUGCAGGUGGCUGGUGAGACCGUCACACUGAAGAUCAAGAAGCAGCUGGACCGCUCCCUCCCACCCCACAAGUCAGGCAGCCUUAGUGAGGCCAGUGAUGGGGAUGAGGACCCGCCCGAGGCUCUCAAAGGGGGCCUGCUGGCAUCCCGGUUCUCGCCCGCCGUGCCCAGUGUGGACAGCGCUGUGGAGUCGUGGGACAGCUCAACUACAGAGGGUGGCUUUGGGAGCACAGGUUCCUACACCCCACAGGCGGCAGCCCGGGGUGUGACCCCCCAGGAAUGGCGGCCUGGUCGCCUGAGGAGCAGCCCCCCACCCACGGAGCCCCAGAGGAGGAGCUAUACCCCGGCCCCUGUGGAUGAGAGUUUCCCUGAGGAAGAGGAGGAGGAGGAGGAGGAGGAUUGGGAGCCGCCAACUAGCCCAGUUCCUGGCCCCGCUGGUGAGGAGGGCUUCUGGCGCGUAUUUGGCGAAGCUCUGGAAGACCUGGAGUCAUGUGGUCAGUCAGAGCUGCUGAGGGAACUGGAGGCAUCCAUCAUGACGGGCACUGUGCAGAGUGUGGCCCUCGAGAGCAGGUCUGGCCCCGGGCCUCGGGGAAGGAGCCGGGAGGUCCACCCUCCCCCCGAAAAGAUGCAGGAGCUGUUGUUGCCGACGCCCUUGGAGAUGCACAAGGUGACCCUGCACAAGGACCCCAUGAGGAAUGACUUUGGGUUCAGCGUCUCAGAUGGCCUCCUGGAGAAGGGUGUCUAUGUCCACACUGUGCGACCUGAUGGGCCAGCCCAGCGUGGGGGCCUCUGGCCCUUCGACAGGAUCCUCCAGGUCAAUCACGUCCGCACACGGGACUUUGACUGCUGCCUGACGGUGCCACUCCUGGCUGAGGCGGGGGACAUCCUGGAGCUGGUGGUCAGCCGAGACCCGUUGGCCCAGGCCAGCAGGCCCCCGUGCACACCGGGCCCCCGCAGCCCCCGCAGCCCCCGCAUGCUGUGA